AUGAAGAUCGAGGAAAUUACCGACAAGAUGGAUGAGGCUAUGAAGCUGGAGCAGGUCUCACCACAGCCAAAUACCAGCGCCACAGAAGCCACCAAACCUGAGCUGCCUCCAGCUCGUGCCAUCGCCAGCGGAAAGACUGUUGACGAAGUAUGGGAAGAUCUAAAUAAGUCGCCCCUUUUCAUGACAGACCUCGAUGCCAAUGAGGAGAACGAAGACAUUGCAGCACUGCAGGCACUCGCGUAUGAAGGCACACCUCUCGAAAACGGCCAAGAGUUCAAGGAGCGUGGAAACGAGUACUUCAAACUUAAGAGCUACGCCGAUGCGAAGGAGUUUUAUGGAAAAGGUAUUGCUAUUCUCGCUGGCGAAGAGCGCAAGCGCGCCAGGGGCGAGCAGACAAAAAACCAGGAGGGCGUAAUCGACACUGAGGAAGAGAUUCAGAAGCAACGCGAGACUCUUGAAGCGCUCUACGUCAACCGGGCAGCAUGCCACCUUGCUGUUAAGAAUUACCGCAGCUGCUGGCUUGAUUGCGCUGCAGCAUUGCGGCUCAACCCGCGAAACAUCAAGGCAUACUCCGCAGAGGCCGAUGAUGUUUGUGCGCGCGGACUUUCAUUAGACGAAAACAAUGCUUCGUUGCGUGCUGUAGCGGACGAUAUCAUUAAGCGAGCCAAAGAGAUCGACGUGCGACGAAAGAGGGACGCAGAGCGCGAAGCAAAGGAGAAGCGACGCGCACUACUCAUCAAAGCUGCACUGCGAGCGAGAAAUAUUCCCACACGCACAACCUCUCAACCACCAGAGAUGGAAGAUGCGGGUAUUGCGCUCCUCCCAGAUCCUGAUGAUCCCCGCAGCACGCUUGCGUUCCCAACAGUACUGCUGUACCCUCUACACCUGGAGUCUGAUUUCAUCAAGGCGUUUGAGGAAACACAUUCGCUCGAUGAUCAUCUGAGCUAUAUCUUCCCUCUGCCGUGGGACAAGGAGGGUGUGUACACGACAACAGGUGUAGAGGCAUUUGUGGAAACCACACAGGGUGGCCUCCUAAAGAUGGGCAAGCGGGUGCCGCUGUUGAAGGUUUUGGGAACGGGGAAGGUCGAGGUAGUGGACGAGGUGGUGAGGAUCUUUGUCGUUCCUAAGGAUAAGGCAGAGGCAUGGACAAAGGAGCACAAGGCAAAGAGAGCGGCUGAAAAGGGAGAGACAAGCUGA